UCCAAGAUGGAGGUUGUACUAUCACAGAAACAUGACAAAGAGCCGGCGAAGGAAGAGGAAAAUGAUGUCAAAUCUCAAACUAUAGGCUGGCAAUCUUUGCUCACGUUUACUGUACUUUUCUUGGCGUGGUUGGGUGGUUUUGCAAGCCGCUUAUUCGCAGUCAUUCGGUUUGAAAGUAUCAUCCACGAGUUCGACCCAUGGUUUAACUAUCGGGCAACCCAUCAUCUUGCUAAUAAUGGUUUUUAUAAUUUCUUAAACUGGUUUGAUGAGAGGGCCUGGUAUCCACUUGGGCGUAUUGUUGGAGGAACAGUUUAUCCUGGUUUGAUGGUAACAUCUGCAGGAAUCCAUUCYGUUCUAAACACUCUGAAUGUCACUGUUCACAUCCGUGAYGUCUGUGUGUUUUUAGCACCAAUUUUCAGUGGAUUGACWGCUAUUGCUACCUACCUUUUGACCAAAGAGCUAUGGAAUGACCGAGCUGGGUUGCUUGCUGCCUGCUUUAUUGCAAUUGUUCCUGGAUAUAUAUCUCGUUCUGUUGCUGGYUCUUAUGACAAUGAAGGUAUUGCUAUCUUUGCUCUGCAGUUUACAUACUACUUGUGGGUGAAAUCUGUAAAAACUGGAUCAGUGUUUUGGGCCAUUUGUACUAGUUUAUCUUACUUUUAUAUGGUGUCAGCGUGGGGUGGAUAUGUGUUUAUUAUCAACCUGAUUCCUCUUCAUAUCUUCUUUCUCUUAUUGAUGGGAAGGUUUACACAAAGAAUUUAUGUUGCAUACUCUACAUUUUAUAUUGUUGGUCUCAUUCUCUCUAUGCAAGUGCCUUUUGUUGGCUUUCAGCCAAUCAGGACAAGUGAACACAUGGCRGCAGCAGGAACGUUUGCUCUAUUACAAGCUUAUGCCUUCCUAAUGUAUGUCAAAGACAAAUAUUCAUGGUCAGACAUUAAAAACCUCAUUGUUUUUGUUGCCAUUGGUUGUGCUGGUAUUGUCUUUUUGGCYGUUGUUGGACUCACUUACUUGGGUAUUAUUGCUCCAUGGAGUGGUCGAUUCUACUCACUGUAUGAUACUGGCUAUGCRAAGAUUCACAUUCCCAUCAUUGCAUCAGUAUCUGAGCAUCAGCCGACCACCUGGGUUUCUUUCUUCUUUGAUCUUCACAUUCUCACCUGCACAUUUCCUGCUGGWCUUUGGUUUGUCAUCAAGAACAUCAACAAUGAAAGGGUUUUUGUUGUGCUGUAUGCUGUGACUGCAGUUUAUUUUGCUGGCGUCAUGGUCCGYUUGAUGCUCACAUUGACCCCCGUUGUGUGCAUUCUUUCUGCCAUUGCAUUCUCCGUGACUCUUGAUAACUAUUUGGUUGAUGACAAACCUCCUACAAAGAGUGAAGAAGAAGAGAAAGAAAGACAAGGACCAACUGAAGAGCAAGAGCGCAAAAACAAAAAAGAACUUUAYGAUAAACCUGGCAAAAAGCAAAAAGCAAGCAAAAGAAAGGARUCCAUUGAAGAAGAAGAUGACGGCAGUGGUAUUGGUAGUAAUCUAAAGGGAAUUGUUGUCAUGUGCGUUGUAAUGAUGCUAAUGAUGUUUGCCGUCCACUGUACYUGGGUUACAAGCAAUGCUUAUUCUAGUCCUUCUGUUGUCCUGGCAUCUACCAACUAUGAUGGGAGUCGCAGCAUUUUAGAUGAUUUUAGAGAGGCUUAUUUCUGGUUGAGGCAGAACACUGCUGAUGAUGCAAGGGUAAUGUCAUGGUGGGAUUAUGGUUAUCAGAUAGCAGGAAUGGCUAAUAGAACAACAUUAGUGGAUAACAAUACWUGGAACAAUAGUCAUAUAGCAUUGGAAUCAGAUUACUUCACACCUCAAGGGGAGUUUCGCGUAGAUGCUGCUGGUUCACCCAUCUUGCUCAACUGCCUGAUGUAUAAAAUGUGUUACCACCGAUUUGGUGAAAUGCAGCUUGACUUCAGAAGUCCGUCUGGUUUUGAUCGUACAAGAAAUGUCGAGAUUGGAAAUAAGAAUGUUAAACUAGAACAUAUAGAAGAAGCCUUUACWUCAGAACAUUGGCUUGUUAGAAUAUACAGGGUUAAAGAUCUCGCUAACAGACAGAAAAGUGGAAAGGGUAAACGAGUAACUAAUAUCAAACCUUCAAGAUAUAUACCUAGAAAGACGUCCAACAAGGGCUAUAUCAAGAAUAAACUUCGCGUCAAGCAAGGAAAAAGACCAACAAAGAAAGGAAAAAGAAAGACUAAGAAAACAAAGCGAACAUGAAGUUUCCAUAACAACUUAUAUACCCACGUGACUCCAAGUCAUCAUAACGUUUCCAAUUAAAACUAGCCAGGCGCAUGUGUGUAAGAUAAAUUCUUGGAAAUAUAACAAUGUGACAAAGCUUAACACUUCAUUUAAACGCGCUGAAGUAUAACGUAAAAAUAAUGACUGCAAUAUGCUGCUCGUGAUUUGACGGUAUGCGACACAAAUGACCUCAAAAUUAUGCUUAAGUUCACACGACGACAUAAGCGUAAGCUUAAAACGAGAACAGAGGAAAAUACAAAGACAUAACACAUCGACAUAAGCAUAGCAAUAAGCGUAAUGCUAAGCAUAAGCUAUUUAACAAACAAACAAAUAAAAACCUUUCUAAAAAUAUUUUCCCCUUAUGCUUAUGUCGUAUGCUUACGUUUAUGUCGUCGUAUAAACCAGAUUUUAUGCGUCUGCCGUAAAGCUACAAUACGCAUAUUGGAGUUCAUAUGAGUUGUUAAUGUGAAGUCAAGUGCGCCAAAAACGUUCCCUUCAGCUUCACGAUAAGAAAGCACUGCACCACCAAUCUUUUUUAUUUACCUAGGAAAAAGAAUAAWGCUAGUGUGAUAUUUUUAGUUAGUAAUUAUUGCAUUAAAAAUAUCUUUAAAUUCCAAA